CUAGAGAGAAGUGGAUACAAUAACUGCUGGCUAAUAGGGGAAGGCUUGGAAAUUAGGGUUAAGCAGCUUUAGCAUCCCUAUUUCAGAGGCACACCCCACUAUAAGCUGCAGGGUUGAGUCCACCUAAGAAGGUUGCUAUUUGCAUUUGGGUGACAUUGUUCUGGAGGAGCUUUCAUCAUGGUGGUCUUCAAGAAAAUCAAGUGCUUUGACCUGUCCUUCACUGAUCCAGAGAAGGUGUAUUGUGGUGGGGAGAAGGUGACUGGCAAAGUGAUGGUGGAAGUGUCAGAGGUGACCAGGGUGACAGCAGUGAAGAUCCUGGCUUGUGGUGUGGCUAAGGUCCUGUGGUCCGCAGGUUCCCACCACUGCAAGCAGGAGAUGGAGUAUCUGAGAUAUGAGGACACCUUGCAGAUGGAGGACCAGCCUACAGAUUCAGAUGGAUCUGUGAUUAUGAGACCUGGUAACCGAUACGAGUACAAGUUUGGAUUUGAGUUACCCCAGGGGCCUCUGGGAUCAACAUUCAAAGGGAAAUAUGGCUCUGUGAAGUACAGGGUCAAGGCUUUCUUAGACAGACCAUCACACCCUCCCCAAGAAGUCCAGAAGAAAUUUGAAGUGGUGGACUUUGUUGAUGUCAACACUCCAGAUUUGAUGUCUCCAGUUUCUGGCAAAAAGCACAAGAAGAUGACCUGUCUCUUCAUCCCUGAUGGACACAUCUCAAUGAGUGCCAUGAUUAACCGUAAAGGAUUUUGCGAAGGAGAAGAAAUUUGUAUCUCUGCUGAAUUUGAGAACACCUGCUCACGUAUAGUCGUCCCAAAAGCAGCCAUUGUUGCCAAGCACACCUACUUGGCCAAUGGUCAGACAAAGGUCUUCACCCAAAAACUUUGCAGUGUGAGAGGAAACCAUAUAAUCUCUGGCAUGACUGAUUCUUGGCGGGGAAAGAGCAUCCGGGUCCCCAAAAUAAAGCCUUCCAUUCUUGGCUGCAACAUCUUGAGGGUCGAAUAUGCCUUGCUGGUCUACGUCAGUGUUCCUGGAGCUAAGAAGAUAAUGCUGGACUUGCCUCUCGUUAUUGGUAGCAGCUCUUCUGGGUUCAGCAGCCGCUCAUCAAGCAUGGCAAGCCAAACUAGCUCUGAGAUGAGCUGGGUAGAGCUGAACAUCCCUGGGACACCAGAAGCUCCUCCCUGUUACUUGGACAUAGUUCCUGAAGAUCACAGACUCGAGAGUCCCACCACUCCACUUCUGGAUGAGCUGGACAACUCUUGUGACAGCCCUAUCUUCAUGUAUGCUCCAGAGUUCAAGUUCAUGCCUCCACCAACCUACACAGAGGUUGACCUCAAUAAGAAUACCUGUGUGCAUUAAACAGAACACAAGUCAGUCGUCUGAUUUAUUCUGAAAUGUCCUCACUUGACUUUUCCCAAAAGCACUGUUAUCGAGGUGGUAACUCGACAACCUCACGUGUCCCUCUGUUUCAGGGAAUAGACGUCAGGAGGUUGAGCACAAUGCAAAAUUGAGCACUUGACUGUAUUUGCCAUCCAAAGAUAACCCUAUUCAUCAGGUGUACCAAUGCAAAGAGAUAGGGCUUGCCCUUUUCACUCACCGCUAGGUGUAUGAGUGGGUGCAAAGUAGAUGAGGAGAUGGACGAACCCAUUGAGGUAUUUAGUGAUCCGAAUGCUGACUAUCAUUUUUUUAACACCAUUUUUAGUUUGGGGAUUUUUUGUAAGGCAACGAUCAAAUUGUAUUUAUAUUUUCAUAGAGCCUUGAGUAUUUCAACCAUAUAAGAGCUUAGCUUACAACUGCCUCUGUGUGCCUAUCCUGCUCCUCCCGCUCCUUCAAAAAAAGUCACUCCAAAAUCAUUCCAACUAGCUUAUUAGCCCAUUACCUGCACAAUAUAGCAUCUUAUAUGUGAUGUGGCUAAUAAGAAGAGGUUAGCAGG